GGACCAAGAUGGCGUUCCCCAGGCUGAUUCACUUGCUGCUGAGCUCGGCGCUCCUCCGAUGGCCCUCUCCGGCCUCCGCCUCUCCACGGACCGAGCCGCUGCCACUGGUCAUGUGGCACGGGAUGGGAGACAGCUGCUGUAACCCCUUGAGCAUGGGGGCCGUUAAAAAAAUGGUCGAGCACAAAAUACCAGGAAUUUAUGUUUUGUCGCUGGAAAUUGGGAAGACUCUGAUUGAGGAUAUGGAGAACAGCUUCUUCUUGAACGUGAAUCACCAGGUGACUCUAGUGUGUGAGAUGCUCGCCAAGAACCCCCAGCUGCAGCACGGCUACAACGCCAUGGGAUUCUCGCAGGGUGGCCAGUUCCUGAGGGCAGUGGCCCAGAGAUGUCCGUCACCUCCCAUGAUCAAUCUGAUUUCCGUGGGUGGACAGCAUCAAGGUGUUUAUGGCCUUCCUCGAUGUCCAGGGGAGAGCUCGCAUAUUUGUGACUGGCUCAGGAAAACACUGAAUUUGGGUGCCUACACCAAGGGUGUUCAGGAACGCUUGGUACAAGCGGAGUACUGGCAUGACCCCAUAAAGGAGGAUCUCUACCGCAACAAUAGCAUCUUCUUGGCUGACAUCAACCAGGAAAGGGGCAUUAAUGAGACCUACAGGAAGAAUCUGAUGGCCCUGAAGAACUUUGUGAUGGUGAAGUUCCUCAAUGACUCUGUCGUCGACCCUGUGGACUCAGAGUGGUUUGGAUUCUACCGAAGUGGCCAAGCCAAGGAGACCAUCCCUUUGCAGAACACUUCCCUGUACACACAGGACCGCUUGGGGCUUAAGGAAAUGGACAAAGCAGGCAAACUAGUCUUCCUGGCUGCAGAGGGGGACCACCUUCAAUUCUCUGAAGAAUGGUUUUAUACAAAUCUCCUUCCAUUCUUAGUGUAAAAUUCCUGCUUCACUGAGGUUACUAAGUGCAGCAAGAACUAUAGGCACUCCAGCAUUUCCAUGGCAAUUUGGGGGGUGGGGGUGUGCGUGGGGUCAGUCCAGACUGUACUCUGCCCUUAGAUGCAACUAACAUGUCACUCCUUUCCUCAUCUGACACUGUCUAAGGAGAUACAAGAUCCUCAUCUUAUCUGCUCUCUACUCAGACCUAAUCCCACUGCCAUAUGGUAGGGAGUCCAAGUUGCAUUAGCUAAUGAGUAUGAGGAUUGUUUUACAUGUCCUUGACUGUGGUUAAACCCAGUUCUAGGUUAUAGACUGCUCUGCAAAAAAACCAGGAGCAAAACAGUAACUGCUUAACGUGCCCUCUCUCCAAAAAUGUGAAUUGCCAGGGGCCAACCUGAACUAUAACUAUUUCCACUUGGAAAUAACUUUCUCUGCUUGAUGUUACACCAAGAAUAGAACAAAAUGAGGUGAUUAAGCAAUCAGAAUUGUCUGGGUUUUCAGUUUUGCCAGUGGAGUCUCAACCAAGGAAGUGAGCAACCUUAACUGGUAUACUGUGGCCUUUUGGGAGCUCUCAGAGAACUUGAUUGGAAUGCCUAUGGUGUGGUCCCCACUGUGUGUUAUGGCUCCCCCUGGGAGGAUGCCAAAGAAAACAAGCCUUUUGGCAUAAAAGGUUUGUGUGGCCUGGGCACGAGAGCAGAGUGGGGGAGGAGACAAUAGGGUCUUAAAGCCCUGGAAGAUUAGACUUGUUUCCAAAUUGGUCCAGCUUUCCUAGCAUGCUCAGAGUGACUGCUAAAGCCUCUCUUCUCAUUGUGCAAUAAAAGUAUUCUCUCCCUUUGGACUGCUUUAUGCAAAGGCUCUUAAGCAGGAGGCACAAGUGUAUCACACCCUGGAGGUGAAACAAGCAUGGCAAAGCCUACAGCGUCUUGUCUCAUACCCAUCCCUAGAUUCCUUGUUAAGUUUUUAGUUUUAUCAGCUUUUUUGAAAAAUAAAAAUACUGGUUUCUUACUUGGUA